AUGGAUCAUUUGUACACCACGUUCAUGACAGAGUACCUGGCUUUAGGGCACAUGGAGAAGGUAAUUGAAAACGAGGAGCCGAGAACUGUUUGCUAUAUUCCGCAUCAUGGGGUGUACAAGGAAUCGAGCUCAACCACCAAAUUGCGCACAGUUUUCAAUGCAUCCCGUAAAACUAUAGAAAACAUCUCACUAAACGACUGUCUUCAUGUUGGCCCAAAACUGCAAAGCGAUUUAAGCCAAAUAAUUAUUCGAUGGCGGCUUCACCGCAUUGGUUUCAUGGCAGAUAUAGAAAAGUGUUAUCGGCAGAUUCUGGUCAGCCGUGAUUACGCUGACAUGCAGCGUAUUAUAUGGAGAGGUACAGAAGGAGAGCCAGCAGCCUAUCGAUUGCUAACAGUCACGUACGGUUUAAAUUGCUCACCAUAUCUUGCAAUUAAAGUGCUGCAAACAUUAGCUGAUGAUGAAGAGUCAACUUAUCCUGAGGCGUCUAAGGUCUUGCGAGAAUCAUUUUACGUAGACGACUGUUUGCAUGGAGCUGACUCCGUCGAUGCUGCUUUGGAAAUCCAGUACCAACUGCGACAGUUACUCCAAAGAGGUGGUUUCGUCCUACGAAAGUGGAGCUCAAACGCUGUAGACUUCAUGCAGCGGUUAAGUGCAGAUGACAAAGAGAAUACUAUUUGUUGCAACCUCAACCUGGACCGUACAACUAAAGCUCUUGGCAUUUAUUGGCUCUGUGAUUCAGACUCUUUGACAUAUAAGGUUAGCUUGAGUCCAUUAACAACCCAAAUCACCAAACGGCAGCAAUUAUCAGACAUCGGUAAAAUUUACGAUCCUCCAGGGUUACUAGCGCCGAUAACUGUAACUGGAAAAGCUAUGUGUCAGAAGUUGUGGGUGGCCGGUUUAAACUGGGAUGACCCAAUUCCCGAACCACUUCAGCAAGAAUGGCAACGGUUUCGAAAGGAGCUAGGUGAAGUUGAGCGUCUUAGAAUUCCAAGGUGGCUCGGUGUAGAACCUAACUCUAGAGGUUACCAACUGCAUGUCUUUUCCGAUGCGUCCGCCAUAGCAUAUGCUGCGGUAGCAUAUCUCAG